AUGAACAAUUCAUUAAUUUCUCAAGUACUAACUGAAACAGAAAUAAUUGAACUAGGUCUAAAUAAUAGUUUAAUGAAAACUUGUUCGUGUCCUUUUAUUUUAAAUAAGAAAUAUUUUAUAAAAAUUUGUGUAUCUUAUUUAUUAAUUAUUUUUUUAUUUUUUUCAUUUUAUAUAUCUAUUAUUAUACUAUUAUUAAGCAAUUAUAAAGAAGGAUUAAGUAAAUCUAUAUCAUUGAUAAUAUAUGUAUACAUAUUUGCUUUUUUUUACGUUGAUAUAUUCUUAAGCAAUAUUAUUAAGCAUGACUUAGUAAAAAAAUAUAGUUUAAGAGAAAUUAGAAAGAAAAUUUAUGAAAAAUUUCUUACAAACCAUGACAAAACUAAUAGUUUAAAAAAAAAGAAAAAAGGAAAAAAAAAAAAAAAUGAGAGCAAGUAUGCGGAUGAAAAUGAAAGAGAAAAAUUAUUUUCUAAUGAAAAAUACUUUGUUAUUGAUAUAGAAGAAAAUGAAAAAGAUUCAAUAAAUGAAAUCAAAGGAUUUGAUGAAAGAAAUUAUAAUAUAGACGAAUUAAAAAAUAUAAACGAUUUUAUAAAUGUUGAAUUAUUAAAAUAUAUUCAAUAUGAAAAUAAUAAUUAUACAAUUAACAAUGGCAAAUUUGAUAUUUUUUUAACAAUAUCAGGAUUAAUUAAUCAAUUAAAUAUUUUUUGUGAUUUAUUGUUCUUAUUUGAUUUAUAUAAUUACAGUAAAAAUUUAUUUAUUUUUAGUUUAUUCAUUUAUGUAUAUUAUAUAGUUCAUUUUUUUGUUAUAAUAAGGUUUUCAGUAAUUAUUAUUUGUUCAUUGAUAAAAAUAUAUAAAAAACCUUUUUCUAAUUCCUAUAAUAGAGCAUUAUCUUAUAUAAAAAAAUUUUUAUCUUCUUCUUAUUAUAAUAUACGAAAAACAGUAAAAAAUUUUUUAAGAAACUUAACAUUAAAAGGAAGUAGUGAAGCUUUUAAUGAAAAUAAAUUAAAUAUAUUUUUGAAUAAAUAUACAAAUUACAACAGUUGGUGUUUUUUUUAUGAAGAAAAUGGAUACAAUAUUUAUGAAUUAAAAAAUUUACGAAUAAAAUAUGAUUCAAUGUAUGAGCAUGUUAAAAAAAAAAAAAAAAAUAAUAAUAAAAUAGAAAUAACAAAAAAUAAAAAUAAUAAUAAAAUAAAUUACGAAAAAGCUUUAACGCCUUCAUAUGUACAAUUUAUAGCAAAUGUGUCCCAUUUUUUGGCCUUCUUUCAUAUUCUUAAUAUAAUAAAAGUUAAAUUUUUAUCAGCUCAUAAUAUCUAUUCCCAUAUUAGCUUUACGAUAAUUUUUUUUGUGUGGAAAUUGCUAUAUAUGGACAUUGUUUUAUGCCUUUUAAAAAUUUUUAUUUUAUUUUACACAGAUAAUAAUGUAACUGUAUUAAUGUUUUUACUUAUUUCGGUAAUUAACAUUUUAAAUUCUUAUUUAAUAAAUCUAUUAGACCAUAAUUUAUUAAAUGAUAUUAAUAUAAAUUAA